AUGGAAAACUCUGAAGAAAUUCCUACUCUGGUUGACAUUGAACUUUUUGAUAGUACACUAACUAGCAAUAGUGAAGAAUUAAGAGAACAAACACUAACAACUGUAAAAGAGAAUAUUUCUUCUGUUUACGGCGGCAAGGUUCCUGUUACCAUAGUAACUGGUUUUUUGGGGUCUGGCAAGACGACUUUACUCAGUUACAUCCUUGCAGAACAACAUGGAAAACGAAUUGCCGUGAUUUUAAAUGAAUUUGGAGAAAGCAAUGGAAUUGAUAAAACUCUAUCAGUUGGAAUUGAUGGUGAUAUAUUUGAAGAAUGGUUAGAGCUGCGUAAUGGGUGUCUAUGUUGCUCGAUUAAGGAUGUUGGAGUAAAAGCGAUCGAGAGUUUAAUGGAGAAAAAAGGAAAAUUUGAUUAUAUCUUGUUGGAGACUACUGGGCUUGCUGAUCCAGGCCCUAUCGUAUCAAUGUUUUGGCUUGAUGAUGAAUUAGGCAGUGACAUUUAUCUCGACGGAAUCGUUACAAUAGUAGAUGCAAAGUAUAUUGAAAAGUAUAUUCUCGAAAACAAAUCCAAAGGAUCUAUAAAUGAAGCUGUAAGACAAAUUGCCAUGGCUGAUAGGAUAAUCAUCAAUAAGACUGAUUUGGUUUCCAAUAAUGAGCUUAAAGUUGUUGAGAAGAGAAUAAAAUCGAUAAAUGCAGCUGCAGAACUUUUGCGAACAGAGCGAUCAAGAGUUCCAAUAGAUUUCAUAUUGGAUAUACACGCUUUCGAUGCUAAGGUUAAUCCACUUACAGAGAUUACUGAUAAAGGCGUUCCAGAUAUACAUCAACAUCUUGAUGGGGAUGUGCAAACGAUGUGCAUAGAGUUUCCCGUAAAAGCUCUCGAUAUUUUAAAAUUUGAAAGAUGGGUACAAAGUUUGUUAUGGGAGAAAACCAUUCCAUUGUUGGCCUCUCAGAAUCCCGAGUCUCUGGAUCCUGCUAUCACUAGUAUUUCUACUAUCAAUACAAAUUCUACUUCGGAAUCGGAAAUAUCAAUUUUACGUCUUAAGGGUAUUCUAACGCCCAGUGAUAAAGAGCUACCUCGUGUUAUUAUACAAGGAGUUCAAGAAUUGUAUGAGUUGCAUUACACAAGUAAGACAAACGGGGUUGAUCAGGUUGAAGAUGAGGUACAGGAUAAGUUAAUUAUUAUUGGCAGAAAUAUAGACUUUGAAAGAAUAAAGAGAUCAUUGUGGGAUUGGAUGGGUUGGCUUUUUGAUAAUAAAUUCAAUCAUUGUUAA